AUGCAGAAUAUCGAAACAGCAGCAGCAGACACAGAUACAAACCUAAUUAGAUCAAACUCAGACGCUACAACUAUCUCAGAAUCUGAUUUACUCAAUGAUCUUGUCGACGUUAAGCAAGAACCUUCUACACAACAAAGUCCCACCAAGCAGUUACACUCUCAAUUACAUUCUCCCAAGCUUGAAUCUUUAACGCCAUCAAAUGAGCUACAGACGAUCCACUCGGUCCCAGGAUAUCAGCAUCCAGAGACAAUUGGUUUCAAGGCAGAUUCAGUGCCAGAAUCGGUACCAGAAUCAAAGCAUCUUCAUUUAGAAUAUCAGCAACUCCCUCAAUCCCAACCUCAGCGACUAGAACCUCUGCUUCCAGAAACAGGGCAACCGUCACCACAGCAGACACAACUACAACAGCCAGAACCAACUCAGCAAGCUUCUCAAAAUGCCCCUCAACAAGCCCCUCAACAAACACCUCUACAGCUAUCCCUUCCUCCUCCUCUCUAUCCCCACAGAAGCCUUCGUCAGCGCAAUGUCAAACAAAAGAAUCCCUACUCCUACGAAAACGCGCGCUAUCAACGUAUAUUAACAAAGAAUGGUUGGGAAGAUGCUUUGAUCAAGGAUAAAAAUCAACUCAUUCCCCAAGAAAACUCCAAGGAUGACAACUUUGAGAUUGAUGGCUGGUUAGAAAUGUCUGAAGCUGAAAAAAAUAAGGCUUUAGAACGGAAGCAAAAGCGCAGUCUCAAAGCGCGUCACCAACAAAACAUAUUAAAGUCUUACGGUGGUCCUCUACCUUCAUCCUCUUCUGAUGACGAGAUGAACAUUUCCGCUCGACCCAAUAAAAGACGCAAUGUGUUAUUCGACUCGAGUAGCGAGAGCAGUGAUGCUAAUUCGGCUGCUUCCGACGACUUGGAUUUGAAGUACAAUAAAAACAACAAUAGCCACCUACAAAGCAAUCAACACGAUCACACAAACGAACUAGACCAAGAUGACGACAUCCUCGACCCUCAACGUAAGGCUUUCCUCUUCAAAUCCAUGCCUGCCGUCUUCGCCAAGCGCGCGAUAGCUGAUCUAAGAUUAAUGCAACAGGAAAAAGCAUCUGAGCGUGUAGUAGGUCGUUCUAAAAGAUCACCUACAAAGACAACUUCACCAGCUACGCGCAACGCAAAUGAAGAUGAAGUGGAUGACGAUAUGCGCCCGGGCAAGUCUAGAAUUAGGAUUGGUUCAGCCUCUCACCACAAUCCUCUUGCAUUGGGCGAUGAGGAGAGUAAUAGUGACACCAACACUGACCCAGUCGUCGACACCACCAGCGACGAUGAUCAUCUCGUAAGGAUGCAGAACCAAAAUGAUGAUAUACGCAAUUGGUUGGUGUCUGACAAUGAGGAUUAUAAUGGUAAUGGCUAUGGUGAUGGUACUACCCAAGUACAGGGUGUUGGUGGUGACUUGAUCGAUACGAUGCUUACACGUGCUACCAAAUCAAUUUACCCUCGCAAACCAUUUAAACCGCAUAAACCAAAUCGAUUAUCGAACAAAAAGAGCAAAAAAGCCCAAACAACACUCACUACACCGAUCAAGAAAAAGCGUCGUGUUGGCGAUAAGAUACCUUUCCUACCUACGGUUGGGAGAGAUUUGGAUGAUGGAUCUAGGGAAGGUUUCAAGUUCAUGAGUAAAACAACGAACAAACCACGUCGCAAUUCCAUACAACUAAGCCAAAUUCCAAGGAAGACAAAAACAAGAACGAAUGCCAACGUUAGUCAUACCAGCAUUAACCAUAAAGUCAACAAGGCUAUUACAAUUGAUAGUGACAAUGACAAUGACGAUGACACAGAGGAGAAAGAUAUGGCUGCUAUGUUUAAACCACCUGAACAACCGCACACUCAGGCUGAAGGGUGGGCAAAAAUGUCAAAGUCAUCCCUCGACUUCAAUAUGAAGCCUCUGCCAUCGUAUUGCCGCUUCAGUCCCGAUACAGAUAUAGCCAAAGGAUAUUUCUACAAUGUCGUAAAUCCUUCACCCUCACCCGCAAUUAUACCAUUUUAUGGAUUCAGCUUGAAGCUGACACCGGAGAUGGAUCAAACAGAAGUAACUUCUGUGUCGAGUCAGAUAUUCGAAUUUGCGCAUGAUGAGCUAUCUAACAUGGAGUUUUUGAAAAAAUUUAGAGAGGCGCUAAUGUUCAUUAAUAUGUACGCAACUCUCCUGCUAAAUACUGCAAGUGGUGACGAUAUAGAUACUUUCGUUAUAUCCAUUCUUAGUCAUGUUGAUGGAUUAAACAACAAGAUUAGUCAUUUAUCUCAUGAUGCUUAUGUGAGUGAUGAUUUCAUGCUUGAGAUCAACUACUUUUCGGUCGAGUUUUUGUUCAGGAUGGGCGAAAUUGAAGUACUUGAAGCUGCAUUGAUCAAGUUGAUUAAACAGCUGAUGGAUGUUGGGCUUUUCACAGCCAGAGCUACCUCUCAAUUGCAGGAUGGUGACAAAGUGAAAGAGCUUGAUGACCGCACACUGGAAUUGUGGGUAGUAUGUAUUACAAUGUCAAGCAAAAUCAAAGAUGAUGGAAAUAUAUGGACUUACCUCAAUCCAACAAUCAAUAAACUAUUGAAACAGAGCAAACACCACCCAAUUAUUGAAUCGGAAGUUAUUUGGUACACUACCUUUAGCGUAUUGAUCAUGUCGCAGCUCUCUAUUACUGGUCUAAGCGCAUCAUCGUCAUCUCAAGCCCCAGAGAAUUGGAGCAUGAUUCACUCAGCAAUUGACAGAGUCAAGAUUAAUUUUGAUUCCGAUAGCUCAUCGUCUGUGAGAGCAAUCACGCACCGCGACAAAUAUAUCAGGGUCAUCUUCUCGAGGUGCUUCAUACUCUCCAACUCAUUCGAUUGGGCCUUGGACAAUGACGCCAACAUAUCGAUCAAGCUGUUUGAUAUACUCAAUAAGAGGAAGUUGAAAGAUCUUCUGAUUGAGAAUGUACACGAUUUCCCAUCAUUUGUUAGAGAAUACAACGAUAGUCUCAACACCAAACUCGAUAAAAGUGACACAUCGUUUCAUGUACUACUGAAAAUGAUCAUGAAGUCAGUGAUCAACAUCAGACAUAAUGAACGACUCUCAAUCAAGCAUGUCAACAGAUUUAUAUCGAGAGUAUCCCCGACACGUAGUGUAGCGUUAUCAUCAAAGUCGGUUCAAGCGUCCAACGGUGAGUUAUCAAUCCUGAUCAAUCACUACAGUCUGGUUAUAGUGCUGCUUCACGUUCAGCCUACUUCAGCCAAACCUCGACUCAUCCAGGCGAAGAGCCUGUGUCAUUUCCAGCAUGUAGAUUGGGGAAGCAGGAAGGUAAUAGUGCGGGCAAUGAUGUAUAUACUCAUUAUAUACAGACAUCACGCACUUGAUAUACAAGGUGUAAUGUCGUGGUUUGCGGAAUGCAUACACACGUUGUUGUCUGAACUGCAUAAUCUCGACCGUACGCUCGCGACCGUUGACGCGAAUGAUAACUAUAAACGUAACGUCAAUGUGAGGAAUAGGAAGGAGGUUGUCGUCACGCUGCAGAUGAUACUCAGGUCGAUUCAACACACUAUCGUCACUCCGUCAUUAGACAAAUCCGUGACUGCGUACCCUGAUGUAAAGCUGUUGCAUGCUUCUUGGACGAGAGAUGUACUGCAAUCACCGCUAGCAUUAACGCAGGAUAUCGGCACGGAAGCGAUCAAGUGUGUCGAAACAUUUCUAGACAUGCGUCGUGCAGCGAUGCCAUAUAGAUCAACUCAAUAUGCUCCUUUUCAGAACGACAACGAAGACGAUGAUGAUGAGUUUGGCAUGUUCGAUUUCGAUAUCAAUGACCCACAUCUCAACAAACUGCUCGGCGCUGAGAUCGAAGACGACCCCGUGCUGUCUCAAGACAAGGACGUCGCAAAUAUUAUCAAAUCCACAAUAUCUCCAGCUAUUUAUAAGUUGUUAUCUGAUAUUCACAUUGCUGGUGAAGACGGCCACUGUCCUGCUGCUCAGCGUCCGUUUUAUGUCAGGAAACUUAUUGACUGUUGGGCAAGUUGUGCUCAAGUGCUCGUACAGAACGAAUUGGCGGACUGGUCGACAUAUAUCAUGUACGGCGCAGAGUCGUUUAGAAGAAUCUCCGAUGUCGAUGGACGCAAGCACGUCGGUGAAUGUUUCAUGCAGAACAUUAAAUUGCUAGACCCAGCAGCUUAUACUAAACUACUACCUAUGUACAACAAUUAG